GUUGUUUGAAAAUGGCGACCACCGUCAGAUAGUCAGUGCCCUUGGUGUAUAUUGAGAAGAGUUCACCAUUUCUUCGUUAUGUAUGCUGUCAUUGUCAAAUAGAACAUACACAUAGACGAUGUCGUCCAGAUCCUCCACUCCCACUUCUAAGUACCCUAAGAUACCACCUAUCAUAACCAAUGAAGUUGACAGACGAUUCCUUCAGGAUCUCAGCGAGUACAUCGACUAUGAGAUGGCAAGGAUUAAUACAGAGGAAGAUGAGCAGCGCUACAUCAUCUUCAAAACUGUCUUUAACAGAAUAAUAGAACAUGUGAAGGCCUACAAACCUCUGCUGACAGCAGUGAAGAAGGAGUAUGAAGACACCAUUGAGGUGAUAAAAUCUGGACAGAGGGAGUCUGUCUUUCUCCAUGGCAAACUCAAGGCCAUGGCAUCUGAACCCUCAACUAUCAGGAAUUAUAAAAAGAGGGGUGAUGAACUAGAGGAAAGGAUUGGAGUCAUUGAGAAAGACAAUGACAGACUUCAGAAGCAGCUGCUGAAUUUAAAAGCCAAACGUAAGGAACAGGAAGAGUUUGAAAGGCAGGUAACAGAGCCACCAAAACGAGAAUUCAAGAAGGAUCACCGUCUCAUACCUGGAUUAACACUGGAAGAAUCCACAAAUGUUUCAUUGCUGUAUCGAGACUUAGAAAAGCUUGACCGACAGUUAAAGGAACUAGACAUCAGUUUAAGGACGAGAUAUGUCGAGAAAUCCUAUAAAGUGGAACUCAAAGAGAAGCUUGAUGAAAAAGUCCUAUAUAGGGAUCAACUCGCCCUCCAAGGUCAACUGUACCGAGCCAAGCAGCAUCGUCUAAAAAUAGCUGUAGAGGCUGCCCAAGCCUACAACCGAGUGAAACCCCCACAUCAGACAGUGGGUGAUGCUGUCUUCUUCGCACUCUCACAUGCAGCAGGACUGCAGAUUCAGGAAAAAGGUAACCGUCUGAAUUACAGAUAUAACGCUGGUGUUGAUUUAACAGAACUUGCUCCAGACCAAAACCAGGGAGAGGCUAGGGAGGGAUCAGCAGCCGCAGCAUCUAAGUCAUCCUUCGACGAUGAUGAUCCAAAUAGGGAGAAGGAGGCAGAGAUGAUGUUGGAGUAUAUUGAGAAAUUUAAUGAGCUUUUUGAGGACGGAAAGUAUGAGGAGGCCGCCAUACACGCUGCCAACAGUCCCAAGGGCAUCCUAAGGACAUCUGCCACGCUCGCCAAGUUUAGAGAUGUCAAGGUCCGGGUUAAUGGUCGGACGCCCCUUCUGGCCUUCAGUGAGGCUGUGAUGUCAUCAGUCGGGGCUAUCGGUAUGAAGCCUAACGACACUCUGUCUCUGGAUUGUGUUGAGUGUGCCCUGGGUGAGAACAGACUGGACCUCUUAUCUCACUGGAUCUCACAAGAAAGACUUACUCUGUCGGAGGAUCUAGGUGACAGAAUUAGUUCCCACUGUAAGUGUAACGUGCCAUGUAGAUGUGGUAGCCAGGCUCUCGCCCAGAAUGUGUUCAGUAAGUUACAGCUUCACCGACAGACAGUGGUGUGUCUUCUGAAACAAGGACGUAUCCAUGCUGGAAUGGACCAUGCUCGGCACAAGAUGCCGUUCACACGAGACCAGUUUAUGUCCGUACUUCGGAUCUGUCCGUCUGUCCAGUUGAUGCACGCCCUUGUAGAGGAGGACGGUGAAGGCAGCCGUGCCCUGCCCAUUGGACUGGUCUUACUGGUAGUUCUAGAGAAGAACCAAUACAAUCUGGUGUUACCUUUCAUUCAGGACCUACAAAAACGACCAUCAAUUGAUGAUCCAAAGAUAAACCAGUUCCAGGCAGCUGUCCUGGAUGACUCCUUCACAACUUCUGUCCAGUGGGACAGCCUGGUAGAGUUGUUCCAGGACCAAGGCUAUGAGGAUACAGCGAUGUGUCUCCUUGCCUCUAUAACUGUUCUCAAUGCCAUGAGGAGUGCUAUUUAUACUCGUCUUGGUGACAGCACCCCACAGUCGCCCCAGACAGACUCACAUCAGUCUGACCCUAUACAGGGGGUACAACCUCCCCAGGGACACCCCAUCUGUGGUGAUCUCUCAUCCACAAGCGGCCCCACCUGACCAAACAUCCCCACCGCAGGAGAUGCAGCCUCCAGCACCCCAGGGUCAGGAGGAAUCACAUCAACAGGCUCGGCUACAGAGGACUCUGUAAAGAGCGAUCCAACGCAGCCAUAAGACUUCAAACAUGCCUGUGUGUUGCUGAAAGACAAUCCAGGCACUGUGUUUUGUAUGACAUGUUGCUCAACAAUUUGCAUGGUUACAGAGAAUAGUUAACGUAUUUUCUGAAAGUGAUGACCUGCAACAUCUACUAAUUAUAACAUUCAUUAAGGAAUACCGCACAGUCAAAAUGGAUGAGAGUAUGCCAAAUGGAGUGCUACCUAAAAUGUUUUGACAUAUGGUAAGCAUACCGAGCACAACAUCUCAUAUCCUGUCAUUUUUUGUAUGUAGGGGACAUGUUGAUUAUUACACAAUGUGACUAAGGAUCCAAGAACAAGAACAAUCUGGUGUCUGUAUAGUUGUUGGGGUAUAUCAAAGAGAAGAUAUAUCUCUGUAACUAUUAUUAAUGUGUCUAUGUAUCUAUCGAACUGUGAUAAUAAAUUAUUUAAGAUGAA